UCUGACGUCAAGGUAAGGAAUUUUGGGAGAGCCGGAAGAGCCACGGAACGCGAGCUGCAGGAAAAGCUGCGGACUCCUGAGACGGUUCUCCAUCAAAGUGGCACCGUGACCGGACCACGACCACCCGGGUGGAUUCUGCUACUCAGCCGGUUUGAGGAACCUUCUUAAGACAUUCUCGUGUAUGUGUGUGUGAGACGUCUGAUCGCUGAAGAUGUGGAAGGCAGCAGCAGGUCAGAACAUCCAGGUGUCUGUAGAGGAAGGAGCAGACGACUGGGAGACCGACCCCGACUUUGAGAACGAUGUGUCAGAGAAGGAGCAGCGCUGGGGGGCGAAGACGGUGGCCGGAUCGGGACAUCAGGAGCACAUCGACAUCCACCAGCUGCGUGAGACCGUGUCCACGGAGCACACCAGCCUAAAGCAGAAGGAGCUGGAUAACAUGCCCAAGGCCUCGCACGGAUACGGGGGAAGGUUUGGAGUUCAGCAGGACCGCAUGGAUAAGUCGGCUGUGGGUCACGACUACCAGAGCAAGUUGUCCAAACACUGCUCCCAGACGGACACGGCUAAAGGGUUUGGAGGGAAGUUCGGAGUUCAGGAGGACCGUGUUGACAAGUCAGCUGUGGGCUUCGAGUACGCUGGAAAGACGGAGAAACACGCCUCUCAGAAAGACUACGCCACCGGAUUCGGAGGGCGGUACGGCGUACAGGCAGACCGCGUUGAUGACAGCGCUUUGGGCUUCGAUUAUCAGGCCAAAACUGAGAAACACGAGUCACAGAAAGAUUAUUCCAAGGGCUUCGGUGGGAAGUUCGGUGUUGAGACCGAUAAGGUGGACAAGAGCGCCGUGGGCUUCGAGUAUCAGGGAAAAACGGAGCAGCACGAGUCUCAGAAAGACUACGUGAAGGGCUUCGGUGGGAAGUUUGGCGUUCAGGUGGACAGACAGGAUAAAUCCGCUCUGGGUUGGGAUCACCAGGAGAAACUGCAGCUGCACGAGUCCCAGAAAGACUAUAAGCGUGGGUUCGGAGGGCGGUAUGGGGUAGAGGUGGAGAAGCAGGACCAGUGUGCUCUGGGCUACGAGCACAAGGAAAGCCUGGCCAAGCACGAGUCCCAGAAAGAUUAUUCUAAAGGAUUUGGAGGGAAGUUUGGAGUUCAGAGCGACCGGAUGGACAAGAGUGCCGGAACCUUUGAGGAAGUGGAGAAGCUGACUCCAUCAUACCAGAAAACCAAACCUGUGGAGGCUGCUGGCAGCAGCACAGGAAGCAUCAAAGCUCGCUUCGAGAACAUCGCCAAGCAGAAAGAGGAGGAGGACAGGAAACGGGCUGAAGAGGAGCGGGCACGCCGUCAGGCCAAGGAGAAGCAGGAGCAGGAGGAGGCCAGCCGCCAAGUGGAGGUGACCAGGGAGCCUUCUCCUGUUGCUGCAGCGAGUCCCAGUCCCACUCCGAGUCCGACUCCCCCAGUUCAACCCGCCACACAGUACACGAAAGUUUCAGGAGCCUCAGCCGAGAACGGAGAGGAGCCGGAGGUGUCGGAUCUGUACCAGAGCCCCGACGAGCCGGCGCCAACAGACGAGCAGCAGUACGACUACAGCGAGGACCUCGGAGUCACGGCCGUGGCUCUCUACGACUACCAAGCAGCCGGUGAUGACGAGAUUUCCUUCGACCCCGAUGACAUCAUCACUAACAUCGAGAUGAUAGACGAGGGCUGGUGGCGUGGCAUCUGUAGAGGCGCCUACGGUCUCUUCCCAGCCAACUACGUAGAGGUUCGGCAGUAAGGACGCUUUGCUCUGACGUUCCCAGAUUCCCGUUUCCUCCUCGCAGCUCCUCCUCACCUCAUGUUAGAGCUCUGACACUGUGAGACGUCCUCUCGUCUCCUUUAUGUUUCUUCUUCUACCUGCUUCAUUGUUGGAUUAUUUAGUUUCUCUGUGUAGACAAAGGCAGGAGGACCAGGAGUCGGUGUUACUGGUUUAAACCAGAUCAAAGCAGCUUUUGGGUUUUCCUGAUUAAGUAAUUUAGUCUGAGACAGAACCGGGUCUGGGUCUCAGGGUGCUGUCUGGUGUUUUGGACCAAACAGCUGAUGGAGCUUUGGUUCACCUGACUGAAGCGGCGUUCAGAUAAAAACUUUAUUAGUUUAAUGUUUGAUCAGAUCUUCUGUCCCUAAAAUCACCAGUUAGACGUUUUACUGGUGGAUCCUCAUCAUGUACAGAGAAAUCUAAGUGUGUGUGUGUGUGUGUGUGUGCGUGUGUGUGUGGCUUUCAUUCAUUCAUUGGGGGUUUAUAAUAAAGUGACCUUUUCAGAUGUAUGAUUUUUAUCUGUAACACUGUUUAUCACAACAUAACCUGCUUCUUUUUUUAAGUUUCAGUAAAUAAAAUAUGAAACAUGAUCA